CAAUUAGUAGCACAAACCAUAAGUCCCACUCCCAAAGCCAGUUCAUCACUUCCUCAGGAAACUUCGGGCAUAAGCUUAAACGUCCCACCUUGCGACACCGAAACCUUUUAUGGGGGUUAUGAGCAAUGGCCGUCCUUCCGUGAUAUGUUCACGGCGGUCUAUAUAAAUCACCCUAAGCUCACUAAAGCGCAGAAGUUAUACCAUCUCAGGUACAAAACGCAAGGAAAAGCUGCCCAAAUAGUUAAACAAUUCCCUCUAAGUGACGAUAAUUUCGAGCUGGCAUGGGAAGCACUAAAAGCUCGCUAUGAAAACAAACGGGUUUUAGUAGAUAACCAAAUCCGCAUCCUUAUGAAUCUAAAACCCAUCCCAAUAGAAAAUAGCGAAGACAUACAGAGACUGCAAUCAUCGGUGAAUAACUGUCUCCAGAUUCUAGGCACCCAGCAAGUCUCCACCGAAAGCUGGGAUCCCAUUCUGAUCUACCUGGUUAUCUCCAAGCUUCCUGAGAACACCGUGGCCCUAUGGGAGCAAUCCCUCAGUUCCAGGAAAGACCGCCCGAACUGGUCCCAAAUGAACCAGUUCCUCACUACUCGAUACGAGGUGGUUGAAAGGGUAGAUCAAUUUCGUGCACCCAAGCCUCCGCGGACUAAUCUUUCGAACAUAAGCUACUCGAGUAACAGUAGGCCAUUCCCUAAACCGCCCACCUCUCAGAACUCUCACAACAACUCCUUUUCCCAAAUCCGAGCGCACAUGACGGAACAACGCACAAAACCAUACAAAUGCCCAAUGUGCAAUAAACCUCAGCACACUCUCUCUCAGUGCUCCAAAUUUCGUCAACUGCCAACUCAGGAUCGCAGAAAGUUUGUGAGAGAACACAACCUCUGUUUUAAUUGCCUAUGUCAGACCCACUUGAUAAAAGACUGCUCAAGUAAAUAUACUUGCUCCCAUUGUCAAGAACGGCAUCACUCAAUGCUUCAUGAAGACACGCCCCCCAUGCCGCCAAGACAGCAGUCUCGAACCCAAAGAACGACAUCUCAGGUCGCUCUGACGACGCCCACUAAUUCCAACCCACAAAAUUCAGCUGGGUCGGAAACAACUCAUGAGGAGCCUUCUUGCUCAAAUAGAGCAAGAGUACAGUCGUUCUACUCGGAAAAUGAGAGCAAGAUUCUCCUUCCCACAGCAAUGGUGCCAGUUGAACACAGGGGCGAGAUCUUCAAACUCAGAGCUCUCAUAGAUCAGGGUUCGGAACGAACUUUUAUUUCCUCCAAAGCUCAAAACAAACUAAGGCUACCGUACCAAACUUCUAACUUUGAAAUUUCUGGCAUGGGAGGCAGAGUUGUUCAGACCACGAAAAUAAAGGCUCAAGCAAUAGUACUAUCCCAGUUAACGAAAAUGCUUCCAAAAUUCCAGCCAACUCUCGAACAACGAGAAAAAUGGUCUCACCUCCAGCUAGCAGAUACUAACUGCCACUCCCCGUCCCAAAUUGAUCUGGUCAUUGGCAGUGACCUCAUUCCUGAAAUAAUGCUGGAAGGCAUUGAGAAAAUUUCCAAAAAUUUGCUUGCACCAUAUUCGGCUGGAUCUUAA